UGAUUAGGGCACGGAGAGACCGCUGCCUGGGGGUGGGGGCGGGGGGCGCCGUCCUGGGUACAAUUGCGCAGGGGCAAAGGUCGAGAGGUCGCGCAGCCGCAGUUUUUUUUGAAGAAAUAGUCCAGUUCUGACUACGGACUCGCAGCCAUCGGCCCUUAGUUUCCAUCCCCUCUAGUGGGCCCUCGGGGGUUAUAGUGACCUCCCUCCUUCCCUUGGGACUGGGCCGGGGAGGUGUUCUCGGGCGCGGGAGGUUCCGUAUGCCCAGGCCCGGCCAGGGGAGGUGACCGAUUCGUCGCUGGGGCUGACAGUCCCCAUGGCGCCGCCUCUGGCCCCGCUCCCUUCUCGGGAUCCAAACGGGGCAGUACCCGAGUGGAGAAAGCCCAGGACCGUGAGCUUCGCCGACGUGGCCGUGUACUUCUCUCGGGAGGAGUGGGGCUGCCUGCGACCCGCGCAGAGGGCCCUGUACCGGGACGUGAUGCGGGAGACCUACGGCCACCUGGGCGCGCUCGGAGUCGGAGGCAGCAAGCCGGCGCUCAUCUCCUGGGUGGAGGAGGAGGCCGAACUAUGGGAUCCAGCUGCCCGGGAUCCGGAGGUGACGAAGUGUCCGACAGAAACGGACCCAGCAGAUUCCAGAAACGAGGAAGAGGAAAGACAAAGGGAAGGGAUGGGAGCCCUGGAGAAGCCUGUCCCUGUGACCGCCGGGUCUCCUGGGCUGAAGGUUCCCCAAGCCCCCUUUACCAGGUUGGAGCAGCUGUCCAAGGCGCGGCGCCGGAGUCGCCCCCGCUUUUUUGUCCACCCCCCUGUCCCCCGAGCGGACCAGCGUCACGGCUGCUACGUGUGCGGGAAGAGCUUCGCCUGGCGCUCCACGCUGGUGGAGCACAUCUACAGCCACAGGGGCGAGAAGCCCUUCUACUGCGCAGACUGUGGCAAGGGCUUUGGCCAUGCUUCCUCCCUGAGCAAACACCGGGCCAUCCAUCGUGGGGAGCGGCCCCACCGCUGUUCCGAGUGUGGCAGGGCCUUCAUGCGCCGCACGGCUCUGACUUCGCACCUGCGCGUCCACACCGGCGAGAAGCCCUACCGGUGCCCACAGUGUGGCCGCUGCUUCGGCCUGAAGACUGGCAUGGCCAAGCACCAGUGGGUCCAUCGGCCAGGGGGCGAGGGGCGCAGGGGCCGGCGCCCUGGGGGGCUGUCUGUGACCCUGAUCCCUGGCCGCGGGGACCUGGACCCACCCGUGGGCUUCCAGCUGUACCCAGAGAUAUUCCAGGAAUGUGGAUGAAGGCCUCAAAAGUGACUAUCUAGACAUUGUGGGAGGCCCGAGAUGGGCUCAGGGGCCCGAACCUCUGCAGCGGCCUGCAGGGAGGUCCCAGAAUCCACGGCAAGAGCUGGCCUGGGGUGUGGACAUUCUGAACGUGGGCACUCAACAGCCUCUUCUGCCAGCACCUUGCUCCCUGCUGCCCUGGGCUCUCCAAGGCCACCUUUGCUGAGGCAGGGCUGAGGUGAGAACCCCCCAGACCUCCAUACCGGGAAGCAAAAGCUGUUUCUCCUCCCAAAGGUGCUAAGAGGAUUGAGGUAGAGGAGAACCUUGUUUUCUCUGUUUUUUCUUUUUACUUUUUUAAUUUUUUGAGAUGGAGUUUUGCUCUUGUUGCCCAGGCUGGAAGUGCAAUGGUGCAAUCUUCGCUCACUGCAAUGUCCGCCUCCUGGGUUCAAUCGAUUCUCCUGCCUCAGCCACCUGAGUAGCUGGAAUUACAGGCACACUAUGCCUGGCUAAUUUUUGUGUUUUUAGUAGAGAUGGGGUUUCACCAUGUUGGCUAGGCUGGUCUCGAAUUCCUGCCCUCAGGUGAUCCACCCACCUCUGCCUCCCAAAGUGCUGGGAUUACAGGCGUAAGCCACCUCACCUGGCCUUUUCUUUUUUAUUCUUUGACCCUCCCACAGCACAAUACCCAUUGUCUGUUUAUUUAUUUACAUAUUUUUAAGACAGCAUCUUGCUCAUCACCCAGGCUGGAAUGCAGUGGUGUGAACU